AUGAAGGUCUUCAAGAUCAUCACAAACCCUAGAUCCCUCUCCCCCAAACGCCUCUUCCGCUCCUCCAAGAAGACCAAAUCCUCCUCCUCCUCCCCCGCCGUCUCCAGAUCCGACCCUUCCUCCUUCGCCGACUCCUCCUCAGCCGCCGCAACCCCCAAGAGCGUCCUCCCGCAGUCCUCUUCCGGCGACUGGUCCUCUGACCUCUCCGAGCUCACCUACCUCGAAUUGCAGCACGCCUUCCGAAUAAUCGACCGCGACAACGACGGCGUCGUUUCGAAAUCGGAGCUGGCGGCCUUAUUGGGCCGGCUGGGGAGCUCCGACGAGGUGGCGGCGGCGAUGCUGAGCGAGGUGGGCCGGGCCGAGGGGGACGACGAUGACGGGUGCGUGACCGUGGAGGCCUUGAUGGGCCGGGUCGGGCCCGCGGGCUGGGAGCCGGCGGGCCGGGACGAGCUGAAGGAGACGUUCGGUUUCUUCGACGCGGAUCGGGACGGGAGGAUCACGGCGGAGGAGCUGCUGUUGGGGUUGUCGGCGAUUGGGGAAUCGGAGUGUACGUUGGAGGAGUGCCGGCGAAUGAUUGCUGAGGUGGAUAGGAAUGGGGACGGGUUCGUGUGCUUGGAGGACUUUUGUAGAAUGAUGGACCUUCAGAGGUGA